AUGCUGCGGCGACCACUCACUUCCAUUGAAAUAAAAGCUGACGACAUCGAUCACAUGGAGAGGGUUCUGCUGGAAGCGUACCAGAAAAAGGGUGCUACGAAAACGUCUGUUGAGUCAGAUCCGAGCAGUGCAAGCUUCGGCACACCCGCUAAUGAAGGUAAGCGUCUUUCUUCGCCAAUUGAUGCUUUUUCGUCGUCAAUGGACACAUCUGGAAAUCAAACUUUGCCAACGCUACUGUCUCCAGGAAAUGGUCAACCUAUGGAGAAGUACGGAUAUUCGCAGCCUAAGCUAGCACGGGGCAAGAGAAUUGUUUUCAAGGAUGACGACGAGGAUGAGGGGAUGGAUAUAUCUAGACAAGAGAAGGAGAAAGCAUCGCAGGGGCACAAAACUCUCAAAAGGAAAGAGUACCAUAAAGAUGCUAAGCUAAAAUCAUGGAGAUUGAUUAUAAGGAAUCUACCGUUUAAGACAACGCGUGAAGACAUGCAGAGUGCCUGCUCGGCGUUUGGAUCGUUCACUGAUAUUGUUGUACCAGCAUCGAAGAAGAUACCUGGGCGAGCUGCUGGAUUUGCGUUUAUACAGUUCAAAACUCGUGAGUCCGCAGAGAAGGCACGAGAAUUCUUCAAUAGUAACAAAUUUAAAGGUCGAAUGGUUGCCGCAGAUUGGGCUCUACCAAAGGAUACGUACGAAACAGCUGCUCGAGAAGAACGAGAGCAACUAAACAAAAAAGUCAAGCUCGAGGAAGAAAAUGUGCCGAAAGGGGACAAAGCAAAAAUAUCAAGAGCCUCGAGAAAAGAUGAGCAGCCGUCGGCUAGUAGACAGCUGAACAACAAUGAGGAGGAAGAAGAUGUGUUGAGCGAUGGAGGAUCAAGUGACGGUAGCAGUGAUCAGGAGUCUAAUGUGGCUGCAGAACAUACGGAAAUGGGCCUAGUUGAAGAAGAUCACAGUGAAGUUGACGAGGAAGACAAGCCAAGAAGGAAAGAUUCUGCCGUAGACGAACAACGUGUUGUCUUCUUGAGGAAUCUUUCUUUUGAUACUUCGAAUGAAACGCUGAAAACCGAGAUGGAGAAGUUUGGAGAGGUAGAGCUGGCCAUCUGCUGUAAAUUUCGAGACAGUGGACAUCCGAAGGAUGGCCGAGAAAUAAAAGGAUCUAUUGCAAUACAACGUGAAAGUGCAGCGGAGAUCCAGAAAAAGAAAAGUUUGAAGGUGCCCGAGGACAAGAGGAAUUUACGUCUCAUUCGAUUUUCGUUGAUCCGUGAAGGGACAUCCGCCGCAAAUGGUAUGAGCUCAGAGGACGCUGCAAAAAGACAGCGAUUAGCUGAAUUAUCAAGAAAGAAGUUGGAGAACUUGCACAUGUUUGUAUCACCCACACGUCUGAUGCUCCACAAUCUUCCUUCAUCAGUUACUGAUGAUAAGCUCAGACAGAUAUGCCGGGAAGCUGCUGGAAAACUUUCACACAUUACGGAAUGUCGUAUCUGGAGAGACACUUCAAAGUUGGACGCUAAGGGCAAUCCUCGAUCAAAAGGAUUCGCAUUCGUCAAUUUUUCCGAGCACAAGGAUGCUUUACAAUGUCUCCAGAAACUUAACAACAACCCUCACACAUUUACUAACGAACGGCGACCAAUAGUCGAGUUCUCCAUUGAGAAUCUGAUGGCGAUCAGAGCAAAGGUACGACGCUCAGCGCACAGUAAAGGUGAAGCAUUGGUUGGCCGGGAGCUUAGCGAUAAGGUCAAGCAACAGGUGAAAAAAUCAAUAGGAGAGGUUCACGAAUCAGGUAUGAAAGUUAUGCCCAAGUUCCUGGGCAAAAAGCUCCGACAUAAGAGUAUGAGUAAGACACAGCUGAAGAAAAAGAAUUUGGGUAGGAAAAAAGUCAGAAAGCAAGACAGUCUGGCAAGCGAUGUGACAGUGAAGAAGUCGAAAGACAAGAGCAAGAAGCAAAUGACGAAGUAUCUUGCAUUGUCAUCAUAA